AUGGCCACCGGCAUCGGCACCAGCAUCAAAUAUCCCUUCGUCUGGCUCUGCUGCGGCUUCGCUGCCCUGGGAGCUUGUUUGUACGGCUACGAGGGCGUCUACUUCACCGGAGUUUCGACCCUCGAUGUGUUCACUCGCGACUUUGGAACGCCAGAUGGUGACGGCGGAUAUGAAAUUUCACCAGAGAACUUGGCUGUCAUGACGAGCAUGAUCAACGUGGGUGAAUUGGUAGGUUCGCUAUUAGCAGCUCCCCUCAACGAUCUGUUCGGCCGCAAGGGCGCUUUGGUCACCGGCGCUGUCGUCGUGGUCGUCGGAGUUGUAUUGCAGCUCUCUACAACCUCGAGUCGCGCCCUUAUCACAGCCGGCAGAGCAGUUUCGGGCUUCGGCGUGGGUACCUUUUCGGUAACGUCGCCUUUAUACAUGGGAGAGAUAGCGCCAGAGGACCUGAGAAGUCCGCUCCUCAUGUGCUGGCAGCUCGUCCUAUCAGUCUCGCAGAUCAUCGCCGCCGGUAUCAACCGGAGCAUUAUCCACAACAACACAAGCUUUGCAUACCGGUUCCCCAUUGGCUUCCAGUUAAUAUUUCCGCUCAUAAUAUUCGUUGGAAUCGCGUGGCUACCGGAAUCACCACGCUGUUUGCUGCGUCGUGGGCGACAUGAUAAGGCGACGCAAUCUUUAUAUACGCUGCACCAUGAUGACAAGCAGUACGACGUAAAGGUCGUGAUACAAAACAUUCAAGAUGACCUCGAUAAUGAGAGUGCGAAUGAGAAGGAGAGCGCUUGGAUCCAGCUUGUUACCGACCCUGUUGAGCGACGCAAGGUGAUCUACAGCGCCGGUGCACUAAUUGCCCAGCAGAUCAACGGUAUCCAGUGGUUCUACUACUUUGGCACCAUCUUCUCCAAAGCAAUUGGGCUGAAAGACCCAUUUCUCAUGACUCUCAUUGUCUUUAUCAUCCAAGUUUUUGUCGUUCUCGCGGCUGUGUUGCUGGCCAACAAGAUCCCACGCAGACCGCUCUUGAUGGUCACCACCGGGAUUAUGACGGUUUCUAUCUUUGUGGUCGGAUGUUUGGGUAUACCCGGCGGAAACACAAGCGAGGCAGUGGGAAAGGUGAUUAUUAGCUUUGUGAUUAUCGAGAUUGUGGCCUUUAAUUUUGCCUGGGGUCCCCUUGGCUGGACUAUCGCUUCUGAGAUGGCUGUUGGGAGAAAUCGCAACAAAAUCUACGCUGUCGCCGUAGCAUCCUUCUGGGUCACAGUUUGGGCUACAGUUUUUACCCUGCCCUACCUGUACUACUCUGCAAACCUGGGCCCCAAGACAGGUUUUGUAUAUACAGGAUUAUGCUUCGUCACGCUGACCUAUGUAUACUUCUGCGUCGGAGAAGUGACCGGGCGUAGCAUUGAGGAGAUCAACGGCUUCUUUCGAGAUGGUAUUCCUGCACGGUAUUGGAAGGAACAGCCGUUUGCUGAAGCGCAGAGGGGUCAUGAUAUAAGCCUUGUUCAAGUGCAGGGCCAUGAGAAAGUUUCGAGCCGUUGA